AUGUCGUGUCCCAAUUGUUUUAGUGGGGAUAUCCAUCAAGGCAUUCCCCGUGGUGAAAUCACCUCUCUCCAUGGCUUACAGGCCUACACGACCAAACCUCUAAAUGAGGUACCUCACCGGGGAAUUAUCAUCAUAGUGCCUGACGCCUUCGGGUGGGAGUUUGUGAACAACCGAAUCUUGGCCGAUAACUACGCGGAAAAGGGGAAGUACCUCGUUUAUCUACCUGAGUUCAUGAACGGACAUGCGGCCCCGGUCAGUAUGCUGUCUGCAACAAAAGAGCUGUUCAAUACCAGCGGACUCACAACUUGGCUUAUCAAGCCAUACUAUCUAGCCUCAAUGCUGACAGGAAUGGUGCCCUUCAUGUACUACAAUACGUUCGGCGUGACAUGGCCUAUCAUCAGGGACUUCUUCAAGUCCGUACGCGAGAACGAAGGUGCCGAGGUUCCUAUCUACGGAGCUGGUUUCUGCUGGGGUGGAAAGUAUAUCGUCAAUCUAGCUGCCGGAGCAGACACGGCUUCAAAUGGAAAACCACUGCUUAAUGCUGGAUUUACGGGCCACCCGAGCUUUCUCGAGAUUCCUGGCGAGAUCGAGAAAAUCAGAAUCCCUGUAAGCUUUGCGCUUGCAGAAAAAGAUAUGGUCGUGAAACCUCCGCACAUUGAGCAGAUCAAACAGGUCUUCCUCAGCGAGUCCGGUAUUGGAAAGGGUGAAGUGGUGGUCUAUGAGGGCGCUGGCCAUGGCUUCUGUGUCAGGGCUGAUUUCCUUCAGGAAGAUGCCAGUAGACAGGCCGAUGAAGCGGAGAAUCAAGCACUGGCCUGGUUUGAAAGAUAUUAA